GAGGGGGUGGGGGUAGGUAGGUGGAGUCCGAGGUGGACAUGCGCAACGGGUCAAACUACAGGUCAGCUACAAGGCAGAUGACAGCGAUGGCGUUGAUAGCAACACUUUUUCUACUCGUCGGUGGGACGUUCGCAGAUCCAUUUCCACAGAAAUGUACACCAAAAGGAGACAUCCUUGCAUGUCCGGGGAAUGUCUUUGUAGCUGCCUCCUCGGACAUCCUCGAAGUGACAUGGAUAACCUUCGAAAGACUGACGUUUUUCAAUUUGACCCGUGACCAGGCUCCAAACGUCACCUUCAUAGGAGUGUCGAGAACAAACCUAAACUGUUCGGUGUUCGAAGGGUUCCCGAUUGUUUUCCUAAACAGCAUCCCAUGCGAAUUCAAUUUAACGACGACGGCGGAAACUACAUCGACUGUAACAAGUGGAACAAGAAAGGUUACCCAGACCACUGUGAAAACGACCUCUACCGUUGUGACAAGGAGGACAUUUAAAACGAGAACGGUACAUACCGUUUAUCUGAUCUUUACAAUCGUUACAUAACAUUUAGUAGCUGACCGAUGGUCGGUGUAUAGAUCUAU